AUGAUAAUGAUGCGUACAGUGUUGUGUGUUAUGCUUCUUGCAUUGUAUUGCACUUGCAGUUUCGUGUUGGCUACUACUGAGCCUCAAGGUGGAGUUAGCGAAGCUCAACCUGAAGGUGGUGGCCCUGUUGCUACUGAAGCAGCUACUCGUGGAGGUACUGGCCAGAGUGGGGGAAGUGAUGGAAAAGGCGGCAGUGUUGGUGCGAAACCGGGAGCUGGUGUUGGAGGGAGUGGCCACGCUGGUACUUCUAAAGGUGACGAAGGUGCGGAAAAUAAAGAUAAACAAGGUCAAGGUGAUGCCCAGGACCCUUUACAAAACCAGCUACCAGGAAAAAGUCCUCCGUCUGAUCGUCUACCUGCCACUGUAUCGCAACCUGUUUCACGAGAUGAGGACAUUCAUGUUACUUCUUCAUCAGACAAUCAGAAUGGACAAACUGUAGGUGGAGGUAAAGCAGCGUCGCAGGUCAACGAACAAGUGUCCACGAGAACGGAAUCAGGAAAUAAUGGUGGAUCCAAUUCUGGAAGUGAACAGAAUACUGUUGGUUCUCGCAAUGCAGUGGAACCCAAUGCAAAUAGUGAAGAACAGAAGUCUGAAAAUACACCAAGUUCCACCAACGAGAAUGUUACGCAACGUAAUAACGAUGCAGGCAACAGUAAUGCUGUACAGUCUCAAGGAAGCACAGACAAAGAAUCUGAACCUGGGAAUGUCACUACACCCAAUACUAAUGAAGAAUCAACCUCAACAACAACAACAACAACAACACUUCCUCCUGAACUCACAAACAACAAGAAGGGUGAUGCAGACAGCAGCAGCAGUAUCAUCAGUUCUGUGUGGGUGCGUGUACCACUACUGAUUGUGGUUACACUGGCCUGUAUUCUUGUGUACUGA